CAGCAGAGACAAGCCAUGUUAGAGGACCUGAGUCAGGGAGGAGGGUCCAACCAUGAGAAGAGGAAGAUGGAGACUACAGCCCAGAUCCAUGGGGAUGACAGCAAGCUUAACGAGGUUGUGGGUCUGCAGAAGCAGAUCUGUGACCUUGGGACAGAGCUCACAAGGCAGUCAUCUUGGUGGUGUGUAGCUCACAAAGACCUCCAAAGCCAGAUCGACGCUCUGAUAAAGGAGAACCAGGAGAUCCGAGCAGAACUGAAGACCUUGAAGAAGCAGGAUACGGAGGCCACCAAAACCUCUACAGGCUCGUCAGCCCCGCCAAGAGCAUCCAAAACUCUGCCAGUGUACAUACAGAUAGAGGCAGUAGAUUCCGAGAGAACGACGUCAUGGGAUGAAAGAGAUGAUGUGCCUUCCGGAAGUCCUCAAAAUGGAAGUACAAUGGCCACUGGUGGAACAGACUCGCUGGACGAAAGGCUGUCUUUUACAUCUUUAGAUGAAAAGGUUAUCCACAUGUCUUCCAAAUUUCUGCGAAGAGGCUUUGGCAGAAUGUCACCAGAACCACUUUCUGACAGCACAUUCCUGGACACAGAGUCACUGGCUGAUAUCUGGUCCUCCAAUCCAGAGACUUCGGAAGGUGAGCUUCUCCUACAGGCUCGAGCAAGCAGGGCCCUCCCUUGUUUUUCCCCGAAUGCACUGUGGCUGCAGAAUCUUCCAGCAAAGUCAAGAGCUCCUAAAGAAGUACCACAAACCUCAGACACUACGAAGGAUGAUGAGACACAGGAAAAGCGACACUCAAAUGGCAAGGUGGAGAGGUUGCUCAGUGAUGGGCGAACUAUCAUCACCUUCCCCAAUGGAACCAGGAAAGAGAUCAGUGCUGACAAGAAGACCACCCUCAUCAAGUUUUUUAAUGGUGACAUGAAGAAGGUCAAGUCCGAUCAGAGAGUGAUUUAUUAUUAUGCGGACGCUCAAACAACGCACACAACCUACCCGGAUGGUGUCGAAGUUGUGCAGUUUCCUAACAAGUGGACCGAAAAAUUCUACCCAGAUGGCUCCAAGGAAACCGUGUUUCCUGAUGGGACAGUGAAACAGCUCAGGGAUGGAUGUGAGGAGACUGUGUUCCCCGAUGGGACAUUUGUGACGGUGAAAAGGAAUGGAGACAAAACCAUCAUGUUCAGCAACGGACAGAAAGAAAUCCACACAGCCAGGUUCAAGCGGAGGGAAUUCCCAGAUGGCACCACCAAGACUGUGUACUGCAAUGGCUGCCAGGAGACCAAGUAUGCCUCAGGGAGGGUCAGGGUCAAAGAUGAGACAGGAACUGUCAUCCUGGACUGGAAGUAG